CAUAAAGGUAACUCUGUUAAGUAGACAAGCAAAAUUCUCUCUUCCUAUUUAUUACCAGAGCCAACAACCAAAGUCCCUCUCCAGCCUCCUUACGGUUUCUGGUUCUCUUCUUUUGGUGAGAAUUUCUUUUUUAAUUCAUGGCUAAAGACCGCGCUUUCUUUCUCUUGGCCAUCAUUGCCAUCUCCAUGCUGCAGGUGUUGGCAUCCCAUCAAGGAAAUGGAGCACAUCAUUCAAACAAGAACCGAUAUGGUCCUGGCAGUCUGAAGAGCUCCCAAUGCCCAUCACAAUGCACGAGGAGGUGUGGAAGGACCCAAUACCACAAGGCAUGCAUUUUCUUCUGCCAAAAGUGCUGCAGAAAGUGUCUUUGCGUGCCUCCUGGUUAUUAUGGUAACAAGGCCGUCUGCCCUUGCUACAACAAUUGGAAGACCAAAGAAGGAGGCCCCAAAUGCCCUUAAGAUGGAGUAAUUAAGUAUUAGCACUACUCUAUUUUGAUUAGUAGGUGUUAGGUUCUCACGUUAUUCGAGAAAACGGAUUGUUGUCUCUUUAUCUCACUACUAGAAUUCCCGCAUAAAGCGACCAAAAUUUAGCGAUCAAAAUUGGUUUGUCAA